AUGACCGACGUUCUCAGCAGUGUUCAUAAUUCUGAAAAAGUUUCCGCGUUAAUCAAAGAAGCGGAAAACCUCAAAUCAAAGUUAGAGGAAGAACGCCAAAAGUUGAAUGAUGUAUCCCUUUCAUCGGUGGCGGAAAGGCUGGAGAUGAUUAGUUAUUUAAAUAUAAAACCACGUCGUGUUCUCAAAGGCCAUCAAGCAAAAGUACUCUGUUCAGAUUGGUCACCGGAUAAACGUCAUAUCGUCUCCUCCUCUCAAGACGGAAAGCUGAUAAUAUGGGAUGCAUUUACAACCAACAAGGAACAUGCUGUUACGAUGCCUACAACUUGGGUUAUGGGUUGCUCAUAUGCACCAUCUGGAAGUCUUGUGGCAUGUGGUGGACUAGAUAAUAAAGUCACGGUAUAUCCAAUCACUCUUGAGGAGGAUAUCUCAUCUAAAAAAAAAACCGUAGGAACACACACUAGCUAUAUGUCGUGUUGCAUUUUUCCAAACUCUGAUCAACAAAUUCUGACGGGUAGUGGUGACUCUACGUGUGCUCUGUGGGAUGUAGAAUCAGGCCAAUUGCUUCAAAGCUUUCACGGUCACACCGGAGAUGUAAUGUCGAUCGAUUUAGCUCCAAAUGAGACAGGAAACACGUUUGUGUCAGGCAGUUGCGAUAAAAUGGCAUUUAUAUGGGAUAUGCGAUCAGGUCAUGUAGUACAAUCAUUCGAAGGUCAUCAGUCGGACGUGAACAGUGUGAAAUUUCAUCCGAGUGGCGAUGCAAUAAGCACUGGCUCAGACGACAGCACUUGUCGCCUUUUUGACAUGCGUGCGGACAAGGAAGUAGCUGUUUUCAGUAAAGAUAGCAUAAUUUUUGGAGUUAAUUGUGUCGAUUUUUCUGUAAGUGGACGUCUUCUGUUUGCUGGAUACAAUGAUUAUACGGUAAAUGUUUGGGAUACCCUCAAAGCACAGCGAGUGUGCUUGCUAUAUGGGCACGAGAACAAAGUUUCCUGUCUUCAGGUAUCUCCGGAUGGAACUGCAUUGUCAACCGGUAGCUGGGAUUACACACUUAGGAUUUGGGCUUAAAAUGAGCAUUCGUUGUACCAACAUGUUUGCAGUAUUAUUAAAUGACAAAUGGCAACGCAAAAUAUUACCAAAUAAGAAACCAUAUUUAUUCCAAAGAAAAUGUUAUAUUUCGGUGUAUUAUAUAAUACCGAGCUAUUGAUAUUACAAAUACAAUUAAUAUUGACAACAUCAGUUCAUUUAGCCCAGCAGGAAAUAAGAACUCAAUAUCUGAAAAUGCUCCACUGAUGUCAGGAUAUGAUAGCAGUUGUAACCAUCGUUGUAUAGAACUUAUUUUUAAAUAAUCAUUUAUAAAUUAGUUGCUAGGGAAAUUUUUAAUUGUGGAUAUUUGAUUGAAAAGAAAUAGUAUUGUAAAUUACGAAAGAAUAGCGCUAAAUUACUGAUAUAUGUAUUCUAGUAGACACCAUUGAUUGAUUUUUAUGUUUAUUGGAUCGAGAAACUAGAAUAAAUGUACUUCCA